AUGAGUUUGCAAGAAGACCGCGACAUUUUGGAAAGCUUGGAUGAGUUGGUAGAGCAGCAGGAGUUUGAUGGCCUCCUUGAGGGGGUUCAGACAGGAGCAGCAGCUCCUGAACGACCGCUGAACGUGAGGUGGACGGAGAGGGACGCGGAUGGAAACACGCUUUCCAAGAGGCCAAGAGUCACGCGGAAGCAAGCCAUACAUGUGCGAUUUUUGCCUAUUGAGAUGCCUGUCAGCAUCUGUGGGUGUCCCCCAGAAGCACUCAGGGUGAUCAAAGGGAAGGCAGUUGCUUUGGUCACAAUAAAUGGACGGUAUGAUCUCAACAUGCCUGAGCUGACCUGCGAGGGAUGCCAGGCAACUUGGACAGCAGGACUUGAUGACCUGAUAAAUAGUGGAUACUGGCCUGCCACCCUUCAUUUUGUGACAAUUUAUGAGACAGACCUGUUUUAUACAUUUGAAGACAUAAAGAUGGCAUCACCCGGGAUGUCUUUUCAGGCAUAUCUAAGAAUGCUUGAGAAGCGGACUGCUCGCUUUGGCCGUACUGGGAAGAUCUCAUCAGACAGCUUCCAAAAAAGCUUUUUUGAAUGGGCUGCUGUACAAUAUGAGGUUGACUCCACCUGCAAGGAGGAGAAAUUCAUCUGUCCUGCCUGUACCCCGGCAAUGCUUGCUGUCUCGGUGGAUGGAAACCGCAAGCAUUACCGCUUCAAAAGUACAGCAAGAUCUCAGGAGCGGGCCAUCUUUGACGGUGUCUUCAUUGCAAAAGAUGAAGAUGUGACCAGAUUUGUGGAUCACAUCCACAGCAAAAAUAAACAUGUCGCUGGAAGGAGCAAUUGUGGUGGGGAGUGGUCAGCUGCCAGAGAGACCUCCCAAAGAUCAAGCAGUAAGGUGGAUGAGACGGGACUGGAGCUGGCAGUGUGCAGGCAUGGUGUCUUGCUGGCUGCCCUUAAUAUGUUUAGGGGUGAAAUAUUUGCAUACCCCAUGUUUUUGCAGCAGCUGCUGGCAUCCAAACAUGACGUCACCUUUUUUUGUAUGGAUGUUGUGUGCAAAUAUUGGCCAUACCUGCAAAGAAUAAGUACCAACUGUCCCGAGCUCCAGCCCCUUCAGAAUAUGAGGCCCUUCCUGUCGGUUGUACAUGCUAAAGCGCAUGACUUCAAAUGUGAGGUGAAAUGGAGUGGCACAAACCAAGAAGGUGCUGGACGCAAUGACAUGCUGACACUACUGGCCAUAAGAUGGAACCAGCAGAAAUGUCAAAACCUGGCUACUGGACUUUCCCAGAGAUACCAUAAGACAUCUAAAGCUCUCCAUAUCCAGAUGGGGGACCUGGAAACCCUGAAAGCCCAGCAUCAACUGGAUGAACAAACUGUGGAAGAAUUUGUGCAAGAAGUAAAAGAAUGGGCAGAUGGAGAAACUGACCAUCAAGGCACACCACAAGCUUUGUGUAAGAAGAUUGAGGCCCUCACAACCAGCAUCAAGACGAGAGCUCAACUCCUAUAUCGGAAAAAUGACAGCAACAAAGGUCGACAUAGAAUUCGCAGAAAAAUAAGGCAACAGAAGACCACUUUGAAGGCCAUGGUGGCAGAAUACAACAGUCUCGUUCCACACGAGCAAGCGGUGUGCAUGGAUAGCGUUCUGGACACAGAACAUCCCUGGCCUUGGCAAAUUACACAGAGUGGCUCUGCUGAUUUUAGCACAAAGAAAGAAGUCUUCGAUAGGGUCAUGGGUGUUCGAAGGCUUCAAGAAGAAAAGAAGAUCCUUGUGAAAGAGAUGAAGCAGCACUGGGAGUCUCUCAAAGCCCAUGCCAGGGUCUUGUCUGAGUUGUCUCAGCAUCAGAGUGAAGACACCAUACAAAGACAUCUCACAGAGAAAGCCACAAAGGGUCACACCUGCCUCAUCCUCAGAAAGCAGUGGGAAAUGAGAGAGCUGCAGCGGCAUAUAAGAAAACACUACCUGCAUGUGCUGUCAUCAGCAGAUGACAUAAUGGACACAAUUGACAGUUCAGAUGAGUUCGACAUAAGCUCUGAAGAUUCAGAGUCUGAUGCAAUAUAA